CGACGCAGCGCAGCGUCAGUCGUAGAAGCGUCGUCGUGCGGAGCGGAUCGUGCAAAGAAUCGCAGAAGAGCGAACGAGCGUUUCUCGCAGAUAAUCGUAGGCGGAAGUAGACGGGGGCGCGCGUCCCCGGAAAUUGACUGUCAGAGCACGUGUUAAUCGCCACGGCGUCGACGGGACGGCAUGAAAUAACGACGGUUCGUAACGAAGCAACGUGGGGCGGCAGGUAGCGGCGUCGGCGACGUCCUGAUUCCCAGCGUCCGCGCUCAGUCCUCAGUGUAGGCUAGCCGGGUCGCUCGGCGAUCGUCGCCACAAGACUUUUCUCCGAGAAGCUUUUCAUCAUCAAUCGACGAUCUCUCGUCGUCUCGUUCGCGCGACACGACGUAUGCAUACAUUUUUAUUAGGCAUGCACGACGAGGGCCUCGCGCCGAAAUAUCUCUCUAUAUCAUAAUCUGGAUUACGACACGCGUCAUCGUUUGCGAUAACAUCGUCUUCCUCGGUACAGCAGAAGACCUCCGUAGGCCUCUUCAUUAUAUUGGCUUCCCACGUUCGUCGCGGUGAGGUUAGCCUCGAAAAGAGUGGCGACACGUUUCGAUCGCCGCGGCUUUGACCGCGCUUGUCCACGUAUAAUUUUCAAGGUCGAUUCGCAAAAAGUCUCGAGAGGCUAACGUCAAUUUCGUACUCCUCUCCACGAGGAUUUCGACGGAACGAAGAGAGAAAGAUAGAGAGGAACACGCAACAACAAACAUGGCUGCUGCGUCGUACGCGUGCACGCGCAACUGCACGGACGCGGGAUAUUUUUCAUGCGACAUUCUCGGAGGGACGGACGCGUGGUCUCCAUGGCACGAGAUCGUAGGAUACGUUUCCUACAAUCCAUGGAUUUUCUCUCUACUGGGUAGCACCAUAGUCGGCCUCACCGGCAUCUUCCCCCUCUGGCUCAUCCCCAUCCAGGACAACGACGAUCCGAAAACAGGCGAAAACGGUGGCACUUUAAAGAUUCUUUUGAGCUUUGCUGUGGGUGCACUGUUGGGCGAUGUUUUUUUACAUCUUUUGCCGGAAGCAUUCGAGAGUGAAUUACAAAAGAAAGCUGGAAGUAAUCAUUCGUCCAUGCCUGCGGGCCUGUCAGUGUUGGGCGCCUUUCUGUUCUUCGUUAUCGUCGAAAAAAUCGUCACCGCUAUAAACGAGGAAGCAGCAAUCAUUCCAGAGCAGCAAACUGAUGAAAUUUCAACUAAGGAUGCAAGUAAAGAAAAAGAGAUGGAUAAUAAUAAUUGUAUCAUGCUGAACACAGAGAAAAACGGUAUCACAAAAGAAUGCUUGAAAAAAUCGACCGAGGUACAAUCUUUCCUGGAAAAACAAUGCGGCAAGAACAGACAAACUCCAAACCAUAUCAAAGAUCUGCGAAAGAAUGGCUUUAAAGACCUCGACAUUAUAAAGUGUACAUUAGCAAACGGAUGUCCUAAUAAUGACGGCCCAUUGGUUAACGAUGCGAAGAAUUGUUUGGAGAAACUUGCGAAGAACAACGGUUUUACAUCGGCAAACUCCCACACUGACUCUCCGCGUGUAAUCCCAUCAGGCUAUACGCGUUCAAUCGUGUGGGCAAAGAAACUUAUAUCAGACUUAUGCCGCAAAUUUUUCAAUCCUAAGGCCUUCCCUGGAUACCUCAAUCUUUUAAUGAAUUUUCUCGACAAUUUCACUCACGGUUUAUCCGUGGGUGGAUCGUUCCUUAUUUCCUUUCGCGUAGGUGUCCUCAGCACAUUCACCAUUUUGGUGCACGAAAUACCUCACGAGGUUGGCGAUUUUGCUAUUUUGUUGCGAAGUGGAUUUAGCAGAUGGGACGCUGCGCGGGCGCAGUUAAUUACGGCCAGUGGUGGAAUUGUUGGUGCUUUAGCUGCAGUCUCCUUUUCUAGUUUAGAAGAAAGAACCAGUUGGAUAUUGCCAUUGACUGCAGGAGGGUUUAUACAUAUUGGUCUAGUAACUAUCUUGCCCGAUUUAUUAAAAGAAACGAAUACGAAAGAGUCGUUGAAACAAUUCGGUGCUCUACUUUUUGGAGUUAUUGUUAUGGCUGCGUUGAUGUUUAUUUAAGUGAAAUAUAUAUGUAUAUAGAAAUAUAUAUAUAUAUAUAUAUAGAAGUCGAAUAAUUUCAUUAGAGGAUUAGUGAAGAGAGAGAAGUUCUAUUAUAUGUUAGUAUAUGAGUACAAUUUUACCGGACUUAUAUGUUUCGGUGUAUAUAUCAUCAGGACAGUACUCCAAAGUUGCCAUAAAAUUAUAUAAUACAUAUUGCUCAAUGGAGAUAGAGUAUCCGAGGAAGGAAAACUAGCGACGAUAAGCGACUGAACAAACUCAUGUAUGAUAGAUAAUCAGAUUUUGCCUAGUUUAUAAUAUUUUAUAUCAGAAUGUUUUCUCCAACACGAUGUAUACAUACAUUGAAAUAUUUGUUAUAAUGUCUGAAAUUAUCGUUAGUUUUCCGCUCUUCUAUAAUCUUUGAAAAUAAUGAGAUUACACUUACAAAACUUUUUUUUUCAUGGUUUACUAAAAACUUUCUUAAAUCCAAAGUAACAAUGAUAGUUGGGACAAACUGCAUUCUUACAAUUAAUAAUAUAGAAAUAUAAAGUGUAUAAUUUGUACAUUAUUUUAUUACAAUUAGCUUACUCCAAUGUUAUCACGUUAUUACAAGAUAUUUCGAGAAACUGUUAUGUAAACCUCGCUGUUAUAAUUUAUACAUAAUGCAUCUUCUGUCAAAUUAAAAUUUACUGAUAGAAAUGCAUGUAAGUACUGGUACCUUCCAACAUGCCACAAUGUGAUUAAUUUUUCUGAUAACAGAAUAUUAUCAAUAUAAAAAUCAAAUCUAAAACCAGUAUUGACAUAUAAUAAUGUUUUGAUUAAAUUUGAAGGCUGUAUAUAAUGUUUAUGCUAUUUCUUUUCUUAUAAAAAGAUAUACGAAAAUUGCAAUGAAAACUUCCUCAAUGAUGAAAAUCCUCCGUGGACAUGUUAUAUGCGUGCAUUUAUAGUCCAGAUACGAACACGUUAAGAGUAUACUAGUGAAUGUACAUUCAGUUCCUAAAGUUAAUUAUAAAUAAUACAUAAUUAGGUCAGCACCUUUUAAGAAAUAGUCGCAUAAAGAAGAAGAAAGUAUUCCAUGUUGUACAGAAUUGAAAAAUAGAAAUUGUGCACAUUCUGAAUUUAACGAAUUAAAUUUCGAUAAAACGUGAAAUAACAUUUGCGUACAAAUUUUGUAAAAAAGUCCAGAUUUAGAUAGAGCGAUUUUUUGAGCAUGUUUGAUAAAACUUCGUAUAGAAAUAGAUUUGGAAUAGACAUAAUAUCUAAUGAGUAAAGUGAAUUGAUCAUAUAAAAUUAUGUUCCUUUCAUCUGCACAAUCUUAUUAUUAUAUAAUUAUAUAGUUAUGAAUAUUUUGGUGUUAAAUAUUCAUAAAGUAUAUAUCAUAUAUUUUGAUGCAAUUAUUCGUAAAUAAAAAAUUUGAAACCUCUAAUAUAUAUUCUAUAGCACAUAUUUAUCGCUAUGAUUAUGAAAAAUUAUAUUUUCUUUAAAUAGAAACAUGAAUAAUGAGUAUAUUUAUGAAAGAUACUAAUAUGUAUCUUCUUCAGAGCUUCACACCUUGUUAUAUAUUCAGAUAAUUCCAAAAAAUUAGAUAAUAUAUGCAUAUAAUAAAUAUUUAUAGAAAAUACAAACUUUGUUAUACUUCUAGUUUGUAAAGAUGAAAUGGAACAUUAAGAAAAAAAAUUCGACUUGUAAUUUUCUCUUGAUAGCCUCAUGUAUCAUGCACAAUAUUCAUAUUUUAUGAGGCACAAGAUAACGCAAUCCUUGUACUUAACCAAUAAAAGCAAGGUAUUAUACAAUAUUUAAAUGCAUGAUACACGAGCGCUUUUUUCUGCACCUGUAAAUAGAUACUCCCUUGCUCGGAAAAGAAACUGGUUAAACAUCUUUUACAAAAAUAUUUUAUAUGAAUUACAAUUAUAUGUAAGUAAAAGAAUUAAUCAUAUGUAAUCUCUAAUUUGCUGAUUUGUAAAUAAAAUGUACUAUUCUGCGAA